GCAGGCUUUUCAAUUCAAAAGUUAAAUUACACUCGGUCUCUAACGGGAGCUCCCAGAGCAGUACGAUUGAACACAAAAUACCAGGGCCAAGAAGCAACCUAUGUCGAAUAUCCGUCUGGUCGUGAACGAGCGCGACACCCUAGUUUACAAUGGUCGAGGCUACGUGGAUGACAAUUACUGGGUCCCCAACGAUGAUAAGCAGCAGAAUCAACUUGAUAUUGCACACCAUCUGUACGGUUUGACGCUUGGCGGCAAAUUGUGCCUCGCGCCAAUUAAGAAUCCCAAAAAGGUCCUCGAUAUUGGGGCUGGCACGGGAAUCUGGGCGAUGGACUUUGCAGUUCAGUACCCCUCAGCACACGUAAUCGGGUUUGACCUUUCACCCAUAGGCCAGGUACGGGCUAUACCCAAUGUGCGGUUUGAAGUAAAGGAUGCGUGUAGUCCGGACUGGGGCUACGAGCAGAGCAGCUUUGACUUUAUCCACGCCCGCGGAAUGAAUGGCUGUGUUUCGGACUGGGUAGCUUUCCAUCAACAAACCUUCGCCUGUCUCGCUCCUGGUGGCUGGUAUCAACAGAUCGAAAUGUCCGUGACCCCUACGUCAGAUGAUGACUCUGUUACGAUAGGCAGCAUCUUUGAUAGGUGGGGUGAGACCUUACUCGAAGUUGGUGACAGGCGUGGAAGGGAUUUUCGAACCCAUGGCCAGAUCAAAGGCUAUCUCGAGGCCGUUGGUUUCGAGGAUGUCGUCGAGGUUAUUUAUAAGCUCCCCAUUGGACCUUGGAGCGAGGACCCGCGUAUAAGAGAUAUUGGGCGGUGGAAUUUGGUACAGUGGAAGGAGGGCAUUGAGGGCUGGUCGCUGGCUUUGUUGACUAGAGUGCUCCGAUGGUCUUACACGGAUGUACAAGCGUACCUCGACAAGAUGCGCGAGGGCUUGGGAGAUCCUACAAUCCACGCCUAUCAUUUCAUGCAUGUUGUGUACGGGCGGAAGCCCUUGUGUUGACCAGACAGCUGAAAUAAGAUAUUCAAGACAAAUCAACAUCUAUGUUAACAGAGGAUGUUCGGCAUUUUGUUAUUGCGGUACUGUUAUUUCAAGCUAGUAACACCAUGCACCGCCUUCC